UAAAUAAAAUGUCAAACAAAAAUGACAAAUGAAAAGUUUCAUGUUGUGUAGAGGGAACGGAAGUUAAGUUUCGAACUUAUCAAAAGAGGUAUUCUAAAGAUAAAAAUUCAGUCGUCUGAGUGACGAGGUGGACGCCGGUUUAUUAUGGAGUUGCGGAUGUGGGCAGGGUCGGCGUUUUGCCUCGCGCUAUUGUGUGCGGGUGCCCUGGGUGCGGCGCGGGAUGACUUCGUACGGUUGUGGACAGGCGGCGCCCUGGAGUACGAAAUAGACAGCGCGGCCGUGGUGUACCCAGCGGCAGCGCCCGCGCAGCAGGCCGGUUGGCGGCUGCGAGCGCGUCUCGGCCUGAGCCCACUCGCCUGCGCGCCCGACGAGGCGCUGCUGCAGCUCGAGGUGCGGGCGCCGCGGCUGGAGCUGCUGGGCGGCGCGCGCGGGGCGCAGCUGGGCCCCUCGCUGUGGGACGCGCCCGCCGCGCGCCAGCCCUUCUACGUGCACUGGCACGCCGGCGCCGUGCGGGCGCUGCUGCUGCCGCCCGGGGACCCGCCGGCGCUGCAGGACUACAGGCGCGCCAUCGCCUCGCUGUUGCAGUUCCAGAUAAUGGACGGCGAGCGCAACGAGACCGACGCGUCGGGCACGUGCUCCGUGCUGUACGAGACGCUGUCGCCGCUCGAGUUCCGCAAGCUGAAGCGCGCGUGCCGCUGGGAGGGCGCCGACGAGGGCGCGGUGGAGUCGCGGCGGGUCACGCGGUACACGCUGAGCGCGGCGCGGGACGCGCUGGAAGCCGUGACGGCCGAGGAGGAGCACCGGCUGGGCGCGGCGCCGGCGGCGGGCGCGGCCGACGCGGCCGUCAAGGCGCGCGCCUGGGCGCGGCUGCGGCGCGCGGCGGCCGAGCGCGGCGCCUGCGCGCCCGCCGCGCCCGGCCUGCGGCCCGCCCUCGCCGCGCUGCCCGCCGCGCUGGACGCCGUAGCGCUGCCGCUGCGGGCACAGGAGGAAGACGACGAUUUAGAAGAGGCGGAGGCGGAGGAACGGUGGGCGGCGCUGGCCGCGGCCGGCGCGGAGCUGCAGGACGCGGGCACCGCGGGGCAGGGCGGCACCGAGCACGUGGCGCAGGUGGCGCUGCGGGCGCUGGAGGCCGCGCGCCUCGCGGGGGCGGAGCGCCUCACGCGGGUGCUGCAGGACCAGGACACCGAGGCCAAACUGGUGGAGGUGGCGCGCAUCGUGGGCGCGGCGGGCACUGAGGCGGCGCACGAGGCGGCGUGUGGCGCGCUGCAGCUGCGCGGCGGCGCCGCCACGGCCGCCGCGCUGGCCUACCUGGCCGCGCUGGCCGGCGCCGCGCCGCCGCCGCCCGUGCUGCGCGACCUGCUGCGCCUGGCCGACGACGCGCGCGACCCCGGCGUGGCCGCCGCCGCGCUGCUGGCCGCCGCCGCCGGCGUCCGCGCCGACGACGCGGCCGGCGCCGACGACUCGGCCCGCGCCGACGUCGCCGCCGCCGUGCGCGAGCACGCCACGCGCCGCCUCGCGCGCUGCCGCGACGCCGCGUGCCGCGACGUGGCGCUGCUGGCGCUGGGCGGCGCGGCGCACCCGUCCUCGGCCGCGCUGCUGCUGGAGCGCGCCGAGGCGGGCCAGCUGGAGGCGCUGCGCGCGCUGCGCCGCGUGCCGGCCGCGCUGGGCGCCGCGCGCCUGCACCGCGUGCUGGAGCUGGCCGCCGACGAGCGCCGCCCGCUGGAGCUGCGCGCGCAGGCGCUGGAGCUGGCGGUGGAGCACAGCGUGCGGGCCCCGCUGGCGCUGACGCUGACGGCGCGGCGGCUGCUGCGCCAGCGCGGCGCGGCGGCGGGCGAGCUGCGCCGCGUGCUGUGGGCGCGGCUGCGCCAGCUGGCCCCGCAGCACGAGCCGGUGCAGCAGUUCCUGCGCGCCGCCGCCGCCGACCCCGAGCUGGGCAGCUGGCACGCGCAGGCGCACCCGGGCACCUCGGACGUGGUGGUGCGAGCGGCGCCGUGGGGCGGCGGCGGCUGGCACGCCGAGCUGGACGCCGUGACCGUCGCCAGCCACGCGCUGCUGCGGGACGCCGCCGUGCAGCUGCGGCUGCGGGGGCCCGCCGGGCCGGCGCUGCCCGUGCUGGGCGUGGGGCUGUGGACGCGCGGGCUGCAGGCGCUGGCGGGCGUGGAGGGCGGCGAGGAGGGCGAGGACGCCGCCGCCGGCCUGCGGCUGACCGUGGGCGGCGCCGCGCUGCCGCCGCUCACGCUGUUCACCGGCCAAGCGGAGCUGCUGUCGCACGUGUGGGCGGGCUCGUGCAGCACGGCCACGCCGGCGCUGCGCGCGCUGCUGCCGCUGCGCGGGGGCGGCGCGGCGCGGCUGCGCGCCACCGCGGCCGGCGCGCUGGCGCUGGACGCGCGCGCCGCGCUGGCGCUGUGGGCGCGCACGGCGGCCGCGCGCCUGCGCCUGCGCGCCGCGCUCGCCGCCCGCGCCGCCGCCGCGCUGGCCGCGCCCUGGGCGCGCGCCGCCGCCGCCAGCCGCGCGGGCGCCGCGGCGCGCCUGCGCGUGGCCGCCGACCUCGACUUCUACUCGGCCGUGGCGCUGUGCGUGCGCGUGGACCUCGCCGACCACGAGUACCGGCGCGCCGAAUCGGCGCAGGCGGGCGCGCCGGCGGCGCGGCCUCACGCGCGGCGGCGGCGACUGCGCGUGCCGCUGGCGGGCCGCUCGCUGGCGCUGGGCCGCGCCAACCACGCCGCGUGCCGCGCGCUGCCCGCCGCCGCCGACGACGACGACGACGACGAGCCCUAGCGCCCCUCGGCCGCGAGUCGAAUCCGUUCAGGGUCUACCAAAUAAUAGUCAUACCUGACCUAAUAUUUCUAACGUAUCAUCUUGGACGAUCUACGAGAAUGUUGCUAUUAGAUAUUAAAAAUAAUUUCGAAGAUCUGUAAAAUACGUGGAUAUCGAAUAAACGUUUAUUUUAUAUAGAUUAAUUUUAUCAAAAAUAAAAUAAUUUAUUUACGCUCUCUAUUAAUUCUUAAACGUUCAAAA